AUGAAUGGAUUAAAAGUAACACUGUGUUCUAAACCGAAUCCUAAAAUCGAUAAUAGUCAAGGUGGGACAGAAGUUGACUCCUCUCUACCAAAUGCAGAAGAGUUGUUACAUAAGAAUGGAACUUACUAUGUACCGAAAAAAGUUAAUAUCAACAAUUCUAUACUUUUCAAGUUCAAUCGCUUAUUGGAUAAUAUCUCUUUGACUGUAAUGUGUAUUCGAGACUUUCUUGAUUCUGUGUCUACUCAUGAAAUAUUUUAUAGUAAGGACAAGUUGAAUGCAACUAAUCUAAAUAUUCAAGCAUCACCAGUUGUUAAUGAAAAAUUGCCUAUCAAUCUUUUGUCCAGACAAGGUGUUACACUUGGAUUAUUUUUAAAACGAAAACUUGGACUUCAUUAUCUUGGUUCGCUGAUCAUUCGUAUGACAGUUCAUGUGACUCUCCGAUUUCUCUUGUCGAAUUUAUGGAUAAAUUGGUUCAAUAAUUCAACAUUUAUCAAUUUAAUUAUUUCUAAUCGAAAGUUGAAUUCAUGUGCCAUAGACCUACACAAACCAUCGGUUUACACGAAUCUUCAUCCCGGCAAAGAUUUAUCACUAGCAAAUUAUACAGAAAAAAAUAUUAUCAAUCAAAUAUUGAUUGAAUUACGUGAGCAUAUUACUAGUCAUUGUUUAAAGAUUAUAUUGUAUGGUGAAGUUGAUCAAGUGAAAAGCUUAUAUUCAUAUAUUCAUUUACUGUUACAAUUAUCACCAUCAUUAAAUGCUUACAAUAAUAGUGUGGAUAAUUACAGAAUUGAAUAUGAAGAAACGAGUGAUCAGGUUUCAUGUGCUCACUGGUGGGCUCAAAUGUUGAAUAUUCUCUGGGAAUAUAGAUGUAAUCAAACCACACUACCUUUACAAACAGUAUCAUCAUCAUCAAAAUUGCAAAUAACAGGAAAAAAGUCAAACCAAACGUAUCAUGCUGUUACACCUCAAUCACUUUCCAACUGUCCUCGUUUAGGUGAUCUAGUUAAAAUGUUAUCGAUUAUUAAUAAAUUUGAUUCUUUGGAAUGGAACUCAACUUCUUGUAUCCUACAUACUGUAUGUUCUUUAGUACGAAAUCUUAAAAAAUCUUGUCGAAAUUUAACUCAUAUCAAUAUGGUUAAUAAAGAUCCUUCUGAAACUGAUCUUCAAUUAGAUUAUAUGAGAUUCAACUUUCUGGCUUGGUCUAUGAUCGCCACCAGUUGGUUGAUUGAUGUUUUAAUUGUAAAAUUAAAAAGUUUCAAUCAUAGUCAUAAUGAUGGUGAUGAUGAUGAUGAUGCCGAUAAUGAUGAUAUGUUAAUGAAAAGUACACCGACUACAAUUAUUAGGAAUGAUCAAUCUGUUGAAUUAAUUCAAGGUUUCAAUAAUGCAUUGCAUUUGUUACAACAAUUAGUUGAUUAUUUCAAUAUGCCUACAUCGAAUUGGAUUAGAAUAAAAUUACGAAGUGCGGAAGCUGUUCACCGUUUGCUAACUGGAGCAUGUCCGAUUCGUGCACGAUUUGCUCUAUUACAAAAUUAUAGUCUCUCUUGUGUAGCUUCCUCUUCUGUUACAGGUAAUAUUAAGGAUAAUUUAACCAAAUUGGAGAAUGAUAACGUUUCCAUUCCUAACGUAUCUAACCGUAGUGGUAAUAAUAGUCAGAAUUUACUUGACUGUCAUGAUCGUUUAAAUGGGAAUGUUUCUGCAUUAUUUAAUCGGUCAUCGCAUAGAAAUGGCAUGUUAUUACAAUCACCAGGGUGUUGAGUGCAUUGUUGUGUUUUGUUUUCUGGAAGCCAAAUUUUUUGUUGUUAGUAUAAACAUCUUUCUCAUUAUACAACGAACAGAUAAUCAGAUUUUUUUCACAUUAGUAAACAGUUUUCCAAUCUCUUUUUGUAUCACCAACACUUUUUCUUUACGCUCAGUUUUCCUGUUCUUGUUAGUGACUGGUAAGUGUGAAUCAUUGCUAGCGAAAAAUUUGGCUACUGCAUAACUAUCAUUUUGAAGUAAAUUCCCAUAUUCUGAUGGUUGUAAGUAAUAUAUAUAUAUAUAUAUAUAUAU